UUCUCCUCCGCUGGGAGCACAGGGAGCCUUUCCAUCAUGAGCUUCACUGGAAAGUACGAACUCCAGUCCCAGGAAAAUUUUGAGCCUUUUAUGAAAGCCCUCGGGCUUCCUGAUGACCAGAUCCAGAAGGGCAAGGAUAUCAAGAGCAUCUCGGAAAUCGUGCAGGAUGGGAAAAAGUUCAAAGUUACCGUGACCACUGGCUCCAAAGUGCUGCACAAUGAGUUCACCAUUGGGGAGGAAUGUGAGAUGGAGAUGCUGACGGGAGAGAAAGUCAAGGCUAUUGUUCAGAUGGAGGGUAACAACAGACUGGUCGCAACCCUGAAAGGGCUGAAAUCUGUCACCGAACUCAGCGGAGACACCAUCACCAAUACGCUGACCAUGGGAGACCUCACCUACAAGAGAAUCAGCAAGAGAAUCUAGAAACCCUGCACACGCCAACCAUUUUACUGUGUAAAAUGUGUCCAUUAAAGUAAAAUUUGUAUUAAAAGCCUCUUCA